CCAGGCCCACCUCUACCGACCUGCAUUAGAAGAAGGUGCCUGUCAAUCUCUGCAGUUUCUGUGGGGAGCCUACUGUGGGCGCCAGCCCCACAUGGAACUGGUAUCCCCAGAGCAAGAGAGAGAUGAGCCAGCCUAGCCUGGGUUUACUUCUUUGCCUAGUGCUGGUCAUCGAAGGUACAACCGGAAGUUUCUUCAAGCCUCUCACGUGCCGCCAAGACAUCGCAGAAAGGAAAAAAUGUGGUGCUGAAGCCGAAAAGUUCUACCCCAAUGAAUGCUUGAAGAAAAAAUGCUGUUAUCGUAACAAUACCUGUUACCACCAUGUUAUUGAUGGUCCCAGACAACGCCGGAAUGCAGGGAUCAUUGGUGGAACCUCCGUCAUAUUUUUCAUUCUCUCUGUGUGUCUGUUCUACAGAUGUAAGCUUAAGGAGCUCCAAAGGAAGGAAAGAGAGUCCGAGACCCUCCGGAGUGAGGGUGAAACAGCUGAUUAUCUGGUCAAACUCCUGGAUGAAGAAAGUGAGCCUGAUCACUACAGAAGGCCCGAAUCGCUAGACCUGGGAUAUUCUUGGGCCCCAGGACGACCAGGCUGGAGCCCAGAUACAAUGUACAGUCCAGGAAUGAGCCCGCAACAGAGUCCUGGACCAAUGGAAAAACUGCCAGGGCCAAGACCAAUGCUACUAGAAGCACCGCCAGCAGCCCCACUGCCAGCCCCAGCACUAGGUCCAGCCCCACCGCCAGCCUUGGCUCCAACCCCAGGCCCAACCCCAGCCCCAGGCCCACCUGCAGCCCCAGCCCCGGCUCCAGGGCCAGGGACAGCCGCACCAGCACCGGCAGCCCCUGCACCACCAGCAGUGCCAACCCCCCCACCUCCAGCACCCGCUCCAGGAGCGCCACCACCAGGAGCAGCAGCAGCGCCACCACCAGGUCCUCCAGCUCCACCACCCCCUGCACCAGGACCCCCAGGAGCAUCUCCUCCCGAUAAGCCCCCAGCAGCUCCUCCAGGACCGACACCAGCACCCCCAGGACCGACGCCAGCACCCCCAGGACCGACACCAGCACCCCCAGGACCGACACCAGCACCCCCAGGACCGACACCAGCACCCCCAGGACAACCACCGCCAAAACCAUAA